AUGUAUUUUGAUUAUCCAGAGUUCCUACAAAAUCUUCGAGAAGCAUUAAGAAACAUCCAAGAAGGUGGAAAUCGAAGGCAACCCCGUCGUGGUAAACAUAGGGUUGUGGAAGAAUUCAAGGUGUCUGAAUUGCCUGAAUAUGUUGGUGGAACCGAUCCUGAACACUACUUGGAGUGGGAAUGGAAGAUUGAAAGAAUGUUUGAGUUCAAGGAAGUGGAUGACGAAAAAAGUUGCAAGUAUGCCAUUCUCAAGCUAAGUGGUGGUGCUUCAUUAUGGUUUGAAGGGCUUAAGGCCAAGAGAACCCGUGAAGGAAAAGAAAAAAUUUGUUCUUGGCUUUCUCUAAAACGAAAGCUAAGAAAGAGAUAUGUUCCUUCUACUCAUAGAAUUGCCACUUACAAGAAGAUUGCUGAUUUGAGGCAAGGAAAAAUGAAUGUUGGAGAAUACAUUGAUGAAUUUGAGAAGUUUUCCUUUAUGGGGGGAUAUUGA